AAGAGCACACAACUCGCUACACAAACAGAACAGAGAAAUAUCUACCGGAAAAACUAUGGCAAGCGGCAAGUUCAUUCUCAUCAGCCUUUGCUCUGUGCUGCUCCUGUCCCAGCUGAUUGUCCCAGCACACUCCUGGAGCUGCUGUCUGUCCUACACCAAGAGACAGUUGCCAUGUAAACGGUUGCUAGCCUACAGCCUCCAGACCAUAAACCAGAACUGUGACAUCAACGCCGUCAUAUUUCACAUGACAAACGGGCGGUUCGUGUGUGCUGACCCCCUCUCCUCCCAGACCCGGAGAGGCAUGCAGUGUGUCGAUCAGAGGCAGCAGCAGGAGGCAAAGAUCAUGGCAUAAGAUCAAAAUGAACUCAAAGGAGACAGUCCAAUCCCUGUGUGCUAUUUAAGUGUGAAAGAUUGAACUUUAAAACUAUAUUUAUGUCUGUGUGUGUAUAUAUAUAUAUAUAUAUUUGUAUGAUAUUCUGUAUUGUUCUAUUUUCUGAACAGACUAAAGUAGUAUUUGUAAUACUGUACAAGACCUUUCAUUUUGGGAUCACAAACUCAUGUAAACUGUAGAUACAGUGAUUUGUAUUGUUCACUAAAGUGAAUGCAAUAAA